ACGGCUCGGACCGGCGUUGCGUCCGCAUCGCCCCACCGUGCUGCCUGUGCCGCGCUGCGCCCAGCUGCGCUGUCUUGUGUUCGCGCGCGAGUGCUGUGUGUGUGUGUGUGUGUGUGUGUGUGCGUGCGGGGAGAUGGAGUGACGGCAAGUCCAGUGUGGUGGUGCCAGUGUGAUUCAAGUGAUUGCCUUGCCUCGCGCAGGGCGGCCAGGCCCAAUCCUGGCGCACGCAGGCACGCUGAGUCUCUUCCAGGGAACCGGAGCGCUCUCCCACGGAGUGCCGAUGCGCGAGAAGAAGGGCGGCGCGCUGAGCCGCGUGCAGAAGCUCAAGAAGCGCCUGAGUCACAGCUUCGGCAGAUUAUCCAUCUCCAAGGAGGACCCGGACCAUGCCAACCGCGGGGCCAAGCUGCCCUUCAAUGGCUACAGCGACGAGUUCCUGGACCGCCUGGAGCCCAACGGCAACAUCCCCAACGAGAAGGACUGCAGAUUCGACUGGGAGCACGAGGGCGUGCGCCGGCAGCUGUCCGUGUCGUCCGACUCGAAGCUCCUGGACGAGGACAUCCGCGAGGAGGCGCGCGUCAUCCUGCGGCCCAAGAAGCCGCCGCGGCCCAAGUCGGAGGUGUUCCUCAACAAGCAGGCGCAGGACCCCGCCGGCCGCCGGAGGACCAAGCGCUUCUCCGCCUUCGGGGGAGACUCUCCGUUCGGCAAGUCGGACGCGUACGUCAAGCUGGAGCAGCUGGGUGAGGGUUCCUACGCCACCGUCUUCAAGGGCUUCAGCAACUUGACCAACCAAGUGGUGGCGCUGAAGGAGAUCCGCCUGCAGGAGGAGGAGGGCGCCCCCUUCACGGCCAUCCGGGAGGCGUCGCUCCUCAAGGACCUCAAGCACUCCAACAUCGUCACCCUGCACGACAUCGUGCACACGCGCCACACCCUCACCUUCGUGUUUGAGUAUGUGCACACCGACCUGUCCCAGUACAUGGAGCGGCACGCGGGCGGCCUGGAGAGGCACAACGUGCGCCUCUUCCUGUUCCAGCUGCUCCGGGGGCUGGCCUACUGCCACAAGCGGCGGGUGCUGCACCGCGACGUCAAGCCCCAGAACCUACUCAUCAGUGAGGCGGGCGAGCUAAAACUGGCAGACUUUGGUCUUGCACGUGCCAAAUCGGUUCCGUCCCACACCUACUCUCACGAGGUGGUGACACUAUGGUAUAGGCCGCCUGAUGUUUUAUUAGGGAGCACAGAAUAUUCCACAUCACUGGACAUGUGGGGCGUAGGCUGCAUAUUUGUCGAGAUGAUUACUGGUAUCCCUCUAUUUCCUGGUGUACGUGACACGUAUGAUCAACUUGACAAAAUAUUUAGGAUAUUAGGCACACCAACAGAGGACACUUGGCCGGGAUCAACUCAUCUGCCAGGCUAUAAUGUCAACAAAUUAUGUUUCUAUCGACCGCAAAGACUGGGACUUGCCAUUCCCCGACUGUAUGACAUCAAGGACGGUGAAAACAUGGCAGCAGCUUUACUACAGUUAAAUCCUGACAAGAGACUGGGAGCAGAGGAUGCCUUGAAACACCGAUACUUUACAUCUUUGCCAAAGAAACUUUAUGAACUGCCAGAUGAGGCGUCGGUACUCGAUGUUGAAGGUGUCCAUUUGUACCCUGAACUCCGGAUGACUGGGAAGACCUGAGGGUCGGCUGGAUUGCGGCGGCCGCCCUGGUACCCAAGAUACCCAGCGUACUGAUACCGAAUACCUCACCUGGAGGAUUAAGGAUUCCAAGGCUCUCGUCUCGUCACGCGUGUUGCGAGCUCGCUGUCCUGUCCUUCAAGUGGUGCUCGUCUGUUGCGUUGUUCGUGUCGCUGUCGCACGGAAUACCUGUCUGUCUGUUUCGUACGUUAUGUAAAUGUAGAGCAGACUGCCAUCAUGGUCCAUUUGCUGCAAUGGACAACUCAUUGGUUGUGAUACACUUUUGUUCAUUGUCAUACCACAAGGAUAAGAUGACUUGCUGGUAUGCCUUUUUUGCCUAUUCUAUUAUUGUUGUGGAGAAAUGUGGCACUCUUUUAUUGUAUUAGGUAGACUUCAUUUUCUCUUAUUCAGGCUGUGUGUGAUAAAAGUUUUAUCCUAGUUAUCUCUUAAAUGGUUUAGACAAAUGCGGCUCCUUGGUUUGGAGUUUCCUCUCUUCCCUGCCAUGAUUUUUGGUGGUACAAAUAUCACACAGCAGCUCCCAAAAACCACCUGUUACAUCAUUUUCAUCUCUUUUCGACAACUUUUCGGUUCAAGUACAUAUAGUGACGUUGAGAAGGUCCAACUAAGCCACUGUGUUAAAGGCACAUAAAAUAUAGAUAUCUGCCCAUUGAAGUCAGGAAAAAUGACAAAUUUCAUGUCCGUGUUUCCCUGACAAAGAAAAAUUCAAAAAAAAAAAAAA